CUCUCCAAUGAGGAAGCCUCUUGUACCGCUUGCAGCUGCUCUGCCUGCCUGCUUCCUUUCGGUGCUUGCACAUCUCGCAGUUGGGCGGGCGCUCCGAGCGGCGGCCAGCAGGAUGAGCCCUUGGUCCUGCCAGGGGAGAGAAGGGAGCAUGGCCCUGAGAUGGAGCCUUCUCCUGGCCCUCAUGCCUCUGCUGGCAGCAGAAGAGAUGGAAAAGGAUGUGACCGAUGACAAAGAAUAUCUCCAAGAGACAGGAUGCCCCAAGCCCCAGUGGGACCCAAGCCUCCGCGUUGUCCCAGAGAAGCUGCUUUAUGGGGACAAGGAGGAGCUGACACUGAGCUGCCUCACUGGGGAUGAUCCUCCUCUCGCUGUGAUCAGAUGUGCUGCAUGGACAGACUGGGGAUAUGCUUGGGAGGUGAAGGACAUGCAGGGAACGUGGCAUUACAUGGAAAUGCGCCUGACCUGCACAGGAACAUGCCAGAAACCCCAGUGGGACAGAAGGAUCACGCUUGUCCCAAGGAAAGGCAACUACACACUGAACGAGGAACUGGGGCUGUCUUGCCCUGGACGUGUCAAGCCCUCCUUCACCAACGCCAAAUGCGCGAGGGAAUUUCAAGGAGUGACUUCUGGAAAAGCUGUCUUUGGGGUCAGCUGGUGGGGGAGGUACGGCACAGGCGCCUGGACCCGCAUUGAGGAGCCCGUAGCGUGCGUGGUGAAAUGCUCAAGGCCCCAGUGGGACCCUGACCUUCGUCUGAUACCAGAGCAGGACGUCUAUGAGGAGGAAGAAGAAGUGAAGCUGAGCUGCCCUGAGGGUUCCCAGCCCCCCUUCCAGCAGGCUAAAUGUGCAUGGAGAGCUCAGGCUGUGGCUACAGGGGAACACAAGGGUACCUGGACACAGAGAAACAACUUGGGACGCUGGGUCCGCAUUGCGGGCCCCAUGAAGUGCACCAAAACAUGCCAAAGGCCCUUGUGGGACCUAGCACUCCAUCUAGCACCACACCAGGAGGUGUACAAGGAGAACGAAGAAGUGAUGCUGAGCUGCCCUGAGGGUUUCGAGCCAUCUUUCAGCCACAUCAAAUGUUCAAGAGAAGUCCAGUCCAUCAGCACUGGGAAACCUGUGUACAGAGAAUACAGAGAAGUUUGGAUGGGAAAGGACCCGGGAGGUGCCUGGACCCGCAUUCUCUCCAAGGUGGAGUGCGUGGGAAAAUGCCAGAAGCCCCGAUGGGACCCCAGAUUAAUCUUUGUCCCAGAACGGGCAUCCUACAUCCUCAAUGACGUGGUGACGGUGAGGUGCCCUGAAGGGUACUGGCCUCCUCUCAUGAAGAUCACCUGUAUACAGCCUACCCCAAGCCAAGGCUCCCCAACUCCUCAGAGGUUCUGGUUUGUGAGGAGCAGCACUGGCCCCUGGGAGUCUCUGGAUCAGCGGCAGACCGUGACGUGUGUGGAGGCCUUCCAGGUUGUGCCUGGGACUUUGGAGGCUUCCACCACCAGCAUCAAACUGAACUGGACCUGCAGUCUGCCUGAUGCCUGUGAGCGCAUGCAGGCCACGUGCAGGCUGGCAGUGCCUUCCUCCCCUCCCUGUGAGGCUGAGAAGGUCACGGGACAGGAGAUGCUGCACGGCCAUAAAGGAACAUUUACCUGCAACCACCUGCAGCCCUUCACUGACUACAAUGUCACCAUCUCAGUGCCCCCCAGCUCAAUCCUGUUCACACAGCUCCUGAGGACAAAGGCAACAGUGCCCGAGAAGCCGGAGCGGCUGUGGCUGGAUGCCAGCACGGGGACGCUGCUGUGGCAGGCGCUGCCCUCCUGCAAAGGGGAGAUCCUUGGAUACCAGCUGAACGUCACCGCCAGGGGCCCGCAGGACGGCGGCUUCCUCCAGGUCGAGCGGCUGAGGCUGAGCAGCUCCGUCACGGAGCACCCGCUGCCUGCGCACGGCCCUGGCACCAGCUACACGGUGGCCGUGCGGGGCCUCACGGCUGCCGGGGCCGGCGCAGCGUUGCUGGAGGAGUUUCAGACCAACAGCUCGGAGACCUCGGACCCUCCUGACGUCAGCUCCCGCCUUGUGCGCGACAUCUCCCCAUCCCAAGGCACGGCCGUGCUUCCCCUCCGCCCCAUCACCUGGGUCCCCGAGGCGGGCAGCGAGCACCAGCUCCUCGUGGCUGCGACGCACAACGGCACGGUGCUGGAAGGCGCCUGCUCGGGGGAGCUGCAGCCCUUCAACGCCAGCCGCCCACCCGACGCCUACGUGGCCGCCGUGCUCAACCUCACCGCCCCCACGGCCUUCGUGCUGGGCGACGGGACCCACGGGCACGGCUUCCACAACGCUCCCCUGCGCCCGGGCUGGGACUACACCGCCCUCCUCCGCCUCGUGCGGCGCUCCCAGCAGGAGGAGACGUUCACCUGCGUGUGCUACAGCUUCUCUGUGGGGCAGGAGCCGGCACCUCUGCUGAAGAGGAUGCCUGUGCUGACGGCACUUGUAGUGACAAUGGUAGUUCUGGCACUGGGCAUUCUGCUGCUCUUCCUGCUCUUCAGGCGAAAGCACAACGGUUCAAAAGCAUCUGAAAGCAACAGCACUAUCCCCCUGAGAAAAUGUCGAGGAGGUGUGAACAAGCUGAACACACAAAUCCCAGUGGAGGAACUGCUGGAAGCUCUGAAGAAGCUUAAGAGGUCAGAAAUAGAGGCAGAGCAAACAGAGGAUGAAUCAGCCAGCAGUGCCGGGCGGAUGGCAGAGUAUCAGCAACUGACCUCCACAUUGUUGCAUUCCUGCGAUGCUGGGAAGGAGCCAUGUAACCAGGGCAAGAACCGCUACAAGUGCAUCAUUCCCUAUGACCACUGUCGUGUGGUGCUGCAGCCCUCUGCAGACACGGAGAACGACUACAUCAAUGCCAGCUACGUGGAUAGCUACCGGAGUCCGCGCUUCUUCAUUGCAGCUCAAGGCCCCUUGCCCGGGACGGUGGUGGAUUUCUGGCAGAUGGUCUGGCAGGAGAAGACCUCAGUCAUUGUGAUGCUGACGGGCUUAGUGGAGCAGAACAAGACCAAGUGUGAACAGUACUGGCCAGAACAGGAGCAAGUCUACGGGGACUUCACCGUGACGCUCAACAACACUAGGACCACCACGGGCCUUGUCACACGCAUCUUCUGCCUGCAGAAGGCAGGCUGUCAUCUCCCACGAGCGGUGGAACAAUUUCACUACCAGCAGUGGCCAGACCACGGGGUGCCCAGAAACCCUGCCCAGCUCCUCUACCUAGUGGAGAAAGUGAACAACAGGGAGUCAGAAGCCCCUGCUGGCCCUGUGCUGGUGCACUGCAGUGCAGGGAUCGGGCGGACAGGUACCUUCAUCGCCAUGGACUUCCUCCUGAAGAUGGCGAAGGCCGAGGGGAAGGUGGACGUGUUUCACUGUGUGCAGAAGCUGCGGGAGCAGCGGGUCAGCAUGGUGCAGACCAAGGAGCAGUAUGCCUUCCUGUACGAGGUGCUGCUCGAAGGCCUGCUCUGCGGCAGCACUGGGGUCCCAGUGGAGAGCGUCGCCAGCCACAUCCGCUGCCUCCAAGGAGCUGAGACCCAGAGCCAGAGCAACGUCCUUGAGAAGGAGUUCAAGGCAGUGCAGAACUUCUCCGAGUUGUUCCAGCUCCUGCCAUGCAGAGAAGCAGAGAAACCCAGCAACCAGCCCAAGAACCGCAAACCAGGGAUCCUGCCAGCGGAUUCCUGCCGGCCCAUCCUGAUGUCCUCGCUGAAUGCCGACGGCUCGCCGGGCUACAUCAACGCGGUGUUUGCCAACACGUACACCAAGGAGGACAGACUGAUCAUCACCCAGCUGCCCUUCUCCAGCACGCUGGUGGAUUUCUGGGCUCUGGUCUGGGAUUACACCUGCACAGCGGUGGUUGUGCUGAACCAGCUCCAGGAGCUGGACAAGACAUACGUGGAGGUCUGGCCCACCCAGGGCGAAGCCAUCUAUGGCCGUUUCCACGUCCAGCUGCUGUCAGAGGAGCCUGGAGCUGGUUUCACAGUCUGGACACUCGCCCUCACCAACAGGCAGCAGCCCAAGAAGGCUGCAGUGGAAGUCCGGUUCUGGCAACUGGAGGACUGGCCCAUGAAGCAGCAUCUUCCCCCGCACCCUGCCACCAUCAUCAGCCUGCUGGGGAAGGUGGAGACGCACCAGCGGCAGAGCCAGGAUGGGCACAUCCUCGUCACUUGCUGGGACGGUGCCAGCCGGAGCGGGAUCUUCUGUGCUGCCAGUUUCCUGUGUGAGCAGAUCCAAAGCGAGGGGCUGGUUGAUGUAUCCCAGGCUGUGAGGAUGCUGAAGAGGCACCGGAGACAGCUGAUUAAAGACGUGGAGCAGUACAGGCUCUGCUAUGAACUAGCCCUCAGUUACUUGAACUCAUUUGAAACCUACGGCAAUUUCAAGUAGAGUCAUGGUCACAGCCCAUCUCUGGCCAGGACUUGAGCUUUCUUGAGGAAACAGUGGAAACCAGAAGAGACGAGGAGGGUGUGCACAGCCCCAAGAUGCUUUACUCUUCCGAUGAGCCACUCCAAGUGUUCUCUGCAGCUGCACAGCACAGGCUGGACCGUCUCCAAAUUGUGGUCAGACUUUGAAGCAGGAACCAGAGUUUGGGCAGGAAUUUACCUAGCACCACAGCUCGAGCAGGCAGGUCAGAGGAGAGGCACCAGUACUUGACACGUCCACCCUAGGGAUGAAGAGAACCAGCUGCCCCACCCAGGCUCCCCUAUCCCUUCAGGGUAGCUCCACCAACACCCCAACCGUGUUCAGUCAGGUGAGCCCCAAACCACUGUGAGAUCCACAGGGCUGAGGAGCACAGGCCACCUGUCCUGCUUUGGGAGAAGCAUGAUGCCCAAGGCUAUGAAGAGCCAGGAGAGCGACAAUCCACCACCCCAGAAGGCUAUCCUGGUCCUUUCCACCCCCCACAGCCCCCUUCUGAAGCUCCAUCUUCCUAACGUUGACCCAGGUGCCACAGCCCUACCAGCUCCAGAGGGGCUCCCUCACCAGCCUGUCUGGCUCCACCGUGGCAGUCCCAGAUUGCAGCACCAGCCCAGAUCCCUGGACAUUGUUCCUGCAGGUUACUGCCCAGGAGAGGCUGCUGCACAACAGAGGCUGCCUCUCCCUUUGCGGCUCAAGAGCCAAGAUUGACUCCAUACUCUAUUCCGUGUCUCACCAAUAAAGGCUCUGUGCUGGC